CAGUAGUAAGAGCAUGCGCAGUGCGUGAAAAGAAUACGGCGAAGAUUCAAAGUUUUUGUUCGGUUUUUACCAUAACACCGACUAACAGACGGACUAUGUUUGGCUUUCACAAGUCGAAGAUCUACCGGAGUAACGACGGCUGUUGCAUCUGCAAGACCAAGUCCUCCAGUUCACGCUUUACAGACAGCAGUCGAUAUGAAGAGACGUUCAGGCUCUGUUUUGGGCUGUCAGAGGAUCGUGUUGGAGACAUUUGCAACGCCUGCGUGUUACUGGUGAAGAGGUGGAAGAAGCUGCCUCAUGGCUCCAAGAAGAACUGGAACCAUGUGGUGGAUGCCAGAGCUGGGCCGGGCUUCAAGGUGACAAAACCAAAGAAGAUCAAGAACAGUGAUGGGAAGAAGAAAAGCAAGCUAAAGAAGCUUCACAAGUUAAAGAGACAAACAGAUUCGGAUGCUCACAGUACAACUUCAAGCGUGUCUCCUGCCCAGUCUCCCAGUUAUAGCAACCAGUCAGAUGAUGGCUCAGACAUCGAGUCCAAACAAAGACGCUCAACUCCGUCUAUCUUCUCUUUCUUGGAUCGUUCAUACUGGAAAAGGCAAAAGGUGUGCUGUGGGAUUGUCUACAAAGGGCGCUUUGGAGAGGUGAUUAUUGAUCCCCGACUUUUCAAGCCCUGCUGCAGUUCCAAAAAACAGAAGACACUGGUGUCCACACAAGUGGCCACACACCUUCCAGACACACUUCCUCCACAGCUCCCAGAAAACGUUCAAGAAACCUGGUGAUUGCUUUUGUUGAAUCCCCCCCUGUUGGGGGAUCCACCUGGAUUUGUCUCCAGUGGCAGACCUCCCUCCCAUUCCCACUCCCCCUCUUAGAUCAGUUAGUUAGAUAUUUCUUUUCUACGUAAUAUUCCUUUUUAUAUGGGUAUUUUUUAACUUUUGUAUAGAGUUCAUUUUCUUUUUUAAAAAAAAAAAAGCAAAAAGGAAAAAAAAACUUCUUAUGGGCAUUAGUGUUAUUUAUAGGAUAAGGAGACAAAUUUUGUUGAGGCUCCGUUUCUGAUUCUAAAUUGUUGUUUAUUUUGUAUUACGUGAUCAGAAAUAUUUUGUCACUUUUUCUUACAUAUCAAGACUUUUUGUUUUUAAUCCAUAAUUUGUCAAAUUGUAAGUGUGCAUAUGAAAGACACCAGCUAUUUCUAAUACCAGCUUUUUUUUUAUGUGUGUUGGAGUGGCGCUUCAACAACUUGCUGCAAUGUUUUGUCCUUUCUUUUUGCUCCAUAUGUUCAAAUGUGUGAGUUUGUAGGAUUUCUAGUACACCGAGGGAUGUUGGUGACACCAGGGAUCAUUAGUACAAUUGUCCUCUAUAAACUGAGCUUUUAAUGUGUGUAUAGAUAAGAACGAAUAAUCUCAGACAUUUUCACUUAAGCAUGCCAUGAGUUUGAAACACUCCACUGUAAUUUGUUAAGCAGUUUGUGCACAUUGACUCAUAGAUGUGGUUAUACCAUGCAUGCAGUACAUUCCUCUGCCUUUCUGGAAUGACAAAAGCGAUGUAUUUAUUUCUUUUGUACAGCCUCCAAUGAAAUUACCAUGCAUGUUGUAAAGCAAAUGUUUUUAAAAUGGAUUUUGUAAAUA